AUGGAUAUCCUCAAAGUAUUGUCGCGCGGCAUCAAGCAGCCUGCGAAAGGCGCCAAGAACGCAAACAAAGGAGCGGUAAACCUGCCAUCCGCCGGCAAUCGAACGAACCCCCAACUUUUCCACGACGAGGUGUCUUCAGCGCGGGGCAACAAGAGGAAGCGAGGCAAAGAAGAGGUCGAGGAGAAGGAAGAGGAGCAACUGCCCGAGGUCGAUUUCUUCGCGCCCAAGUCCGAAACCCCCAAAGAACCCGAAAAUGUCAAGCAGCCCGCUGCCAAAGCCAAAAAGGCUGACAAGGCGUCUACUGUAAAGCCGACUCUACUCCCCGAGGACGAGUGCCGACAGAUCCUUCGCUCCCACCGACUGAAGCUCACGCUCCUCUCCGAGCGCCACAAGAAGGCCUCCAAGGUCACCAAGAGCAAAAAGAAGAAGGUUGCCGUCGAGGUCGAGAAGGAGACGAACCAGCUUCACCCUCAGCCCUUGACUUCUUUCUACGAGCUUCGGACGAACUACAAUAUUGCGCCGCUGCUGGCGGACAACCUCGCGCAUCAGGGAUACAAGGUGCCGACCGAGGUGCAGCUGGGUGCUUUACCCCUGCUCCUCAAACCAGAAUUGGCAUUGAAGGAGGUGCCGCAAAACGAAGAGCUUGGAGAUGUCUCAAAGGGUGUGGAUUUCCUCGCCGUUGCGCCGACGGGCAGCGGAAAGACGAUCAGCUUCCUGAUCCCCGCGAUCAACUCCAUCAUGCACAAGAGGGAGUCUAGCGAGGACAAGGAUAGACACGAUCUCUCUGCGAUCAUCAUUGCGCCGACAAGAGAGCUGGUCUUCCAGAUUGUGAACGAGGGACGCAAGCUGGCCUUGAACUCUGGCAUCAAGAUCGCGGGCAUGAAGAAGGGCAUGCGCUUCGCGGUUGAGGAGGAAGACAAGGCCGAGAGCGAAGAUGAGGAAGAGGAAGAGAGUGAGGAGUCUGACGAGGAGUCUGACGAGGACGAGGACAGCGAGACCGAGCCGGUCAAGCCAAAGUCCGUCGUGAAGGCUGAUAUCCUCGUCACAACACCUGCGCUUUUCUACAACUUCCUUACGGCGGCGUCAAAGACGGAUCGCAAAGUCCCGACUGUCACAUCUUUGAUUCUCGACGAGGCGGAUGUGCUGUUGGACCCCCUGUUCCGCGAACAAACCAUGGCGAUCUGGUCCGCCUGUCCCAACCCGGAGCUGAGAACUACGUUCUGGUCUGCGACUUUCGGUUCCAACAUCGAGACUUUGGUGACAGAGGCACAGCUGGCAAGACCGGCAUCUAAACCAUUGAUUCGCUUGGUAGUCGGCCUCAAGGACACAGCCGUCCCCAACGUCACACACAAGUUGAUCUACACCGCAAGUGAGAAGGGAAAGCUACUUGGUCUCCGCCAGCUCCUUCACCCCACAGCAGGAGAGGAUUCAGGACCACCCCUCCGACCUCCCUUCCUAGUCUUCACCCAGACCAUCGAGCGCGCCACAGCCCUGGAAGAGGAACUCAAAUACGACAUCCCCCUCGCCGCCGGCGGCCCCACCAGAAUCGCCGCCCUGCACAGCGGCCUCACCGACAAAGCCCGCGCGAGCAUCAUGCGCCGCUUCCGCGCCGGCGAGGUCUGGAUCCUCAUCACGACGGACGUUCUCGCGCGCGGCGUGGAUUUCGCCGGCGUCAACGGCGUCGUGAACUACGACGUGCCCGGCUCCAGCGCCGCGUACGUUCACCGCGCCGGACGUACGGGCCGCGCGGGCCGCGAGGGCGGCGUCGCUGUCACUUUUUAUACGACGGACGAUAUCCCCUUCGUCAAGAUGGUCGCCAACGUCAUUGCCGCGAGCGAGAGGCAGGCGGGCAAGAAGGGCGAGGAGGCGAAUGUGCAAAAGUGGCUGCUCGACGCGCUGCCGAAUGUCAGUAAGGAGGACAAGAAGAAGAUUCGGGAAAAGGGCGUCGAGGCGAGGCGGAGCCAUGGGGCGGCGAUGAUUUCGUCAAAGAGUAAGUGGGAGAGGCGGCGGGAUGCGAAUCGGGAGGGGGCUACGGCCGCGAAUAAGAUUCGGAUAAAGAAUGCGAGGAGGGUGGGUGAUGAUGAGGCUGGGGAGUGGGGUGGUAUUGAUGACUGA